UUCUUUUUUGGUAAGGAUUUGAGGCUCCAUCAAGUUGUACAAAGCCACACCAUCUUUCUCAUCAGGGAGAAUUUCUUCCAGUACUUCAAAAGAUAACGAUGCUUGAAAAAACUGCAAACUUUGAACGCCUUUAAGGAAGCUGCAGGAGUUCUGCUUAGACGCCUCGACCACAGUAGCUUCGCUAUUACUUAAGGAAAGUAUCACCCUCGCUCCGGUUCCAAUCAUCAAAAGCACUGAGUCAUUACAGAGUUCAGUGUACCUUAAAAGGCAGGCUGCUUGCGAUUAAUGAGAAUCCAAGCUGCAAACCUGGCAGCUCGGGCCACGGUUGUCAAAAGGAGUUUCCAUUUUGUUUUAUGGCACUGUCGUUUGCGUCCGUCAGUACCGCCCCCAGGACAAAGGGUGGCCGGUCAGGGCCACUGGAUGAAGUAAGAGGGGCUGACUCGGUUUCAACACCAAGCCCGCCUUUCUCCACUUCUCGAGCGAACCUCCCGCUGAGGUCACACAGACGCCUGGGGGCUCACAGGAGCCAGCACAGCAGCUUCCUCAAGGACCCACCCAGUAGGGCAGGACUCAGGAAUUUCGCCCGCAGAGACCAAAGCCACGUGAACCCACCGACUCUCGCUUCUCUCUGCUUUCGGCACUGGGAAGGGAGGUAGCGGCGACGCUCCAGGCAACGCCUAUGCUGCCAGCCAAUGAGGAGCGGAAGCUGCGCCGGGGCCUUCGCUGAUUGGGCCGAGAUGUCUACGCCCCGCGACAACCACCACCCAUCAGGGUGGCUAUUAAAGCCUCAGUACCAGAGCCGCGGUAUGCGUUUGGGUCUGCGGGAGUGCUUAUUCUCCCUUUUUUCCUAAUUCUGCUUUCUCCAACCCUGACGCCUUAGUUUCCGAGUUUUACCUUCCUCCCUCUUUUCCUCUUUUCUUCCUUCGCAGCUCAACAUGCAGAAAGAAGACGUCUCCCCACCGGGUUUCCUGCCUAGCUUCCAACAUUUCGCUACGCAGGCCAUUCAUGCGGGUCAGGAACCGGAGCAAUGGAACUCCAAGGCUUUGGUGCCCCCUAUUUCACUGUCCACGACGUUCAAGCAGGGGGCGCCCGGUAGACACUCGGGUUUUGAAUAUAGCCGUUCUGGAAAUCCCACCAGGAAUUGCUUGGAAAAAGCAGUGGCAACGCUGGAUGGAGCUAAGUACUGUUUGGCCUUUGCUUCAGGGUUAGCAGCCACUGUGACUAUCACCCAUCUGUUAAAAGCAGGAGAUCACAUUAUUUGUAUGGAUGAUGUAUAUGGAGGUACCAACAGAUAUUUCAGGCAGGUGGCAUCUGAAUUUGGAUUGAAGGUUUCUUUUGUUGAUUGUUCCAAAACCAAAUUGCUAGAGGCAGCAAUUACACCAGAAACCAAGCUUGUUUGGAUUGAAACUCCCUCAAACCCUGUUUUGAAGAUGGUUGACAUUGAAGCCUGUGCAUACACUGUCCAUAAACAAGGAGACAUUAUUUUGGUUGUGGAUAACACUUUUAUGUCAGCAUAUUUCCAACGGCCUUUGUCUCUGGGAGCUGAUAUUUGCAUGUAUUCGGCAACAAAAUAUAUGAACGGCCAUGGUGAUGUUGUAAUGGGCUUGGUGUCUGUUAAUUCUGAGGAUCUCCAUAAAAGGCUCCGCUUCUUGCAAAACUCUCUUGGAGCAGUUCCAUCUCCUCUGGACUGUUACCUCUGUAAUAGAGGCCUGAAGACUCUACAAAUCCGAAUGGAUAAGCAUUUCAAAAAUGGAAUGGCAGUUGCUCAGUUCCUGGAAUCUAAUCCUAGGGUAGAAAAAGUUGUUUAUCCUGGACUACCCUCUCAUCCGCAAUACGAGUUGGCAAAGCGUCAGUGCACAGGUUGCCCGGGGAUGGUCACCUUCUAUAUUAAGGGCACUCUUCAGCAUGCUGAGGCUUUCCUCAAGAACUUAAAGAUAUUUACUCUGGCUGAGAGCUUGGGAGGAUACGAAAGUCUUGCUGAGCUUCCGGCAAUCAUGACCCAUUCGUCUGUGCCGAGGAGUGACAGAGAUGUCCUCGGAAUUAGCGACACACUGAUUCGACUCUCUGUUGGCUUAGAGGAUAAAAAAGACCUACUGGAAGAUCUAGAUCAAGCUCUGAAGGCAGCGCAUCCUCCAAGUAACAACUAGCAUUCCAGAACUACUGCUGGAGGCUGCUUCUUGAGAAGAUCACGUCUUCUGAAUAAUCACAUGGAACGUGAAUUUUCAAGUAAAAAUUUUAAAGCACCUUGUUAUCUUUCAAAACUGUACCUUUCCAGAGUUCAUCUCUGUUAAAAACAGUUUCUUAUUUCUCUUAUUGUAAUUGACAAGUUAAUUCUAUUAAUGCCUUUUUCUUUAUUUUGGUACACAUUCGCCUUUGAAGGAUGUGAGAUUUGUACUGCUUCUGGUGAUCGUGUUCUUUUUUUCAUAGCUUAAGAUUUAUUUUGAUCAUGUUUACAAUAUAAUGGUAAUUCAUAUUUGAUGUUUCCUGAAGAAUUUAAAUUAUUAAAUGCAUGUUCUUAAAUCAGGUGUGAUUUUUGCAUAUCGUUGGAAACAGCGAUGGUUUACACUUUAUUACCAUAAGCCAAAAAUCAAAUACUUGAAAAGCUUACUGUUAAAUUCUACUGAUUUAAGUUCGUACUUAAUAUUUUUUGAAAAAAUAAAUCUAGUUAUCAAAUCUGUCCCA